CAUGGUCCGGGAAGGGGCGCCGCUUCCCAGCCCAGCCGCUGAAAGUGAAUCUGAGCCGGGUAGGUGGGUGGCGGUGGAGAGAAAGGGAAGCAGAAAGGCAACUCCCCGCCACCACGGCCCGAGCCCUGAGGGCGCCGGGUGAGGCGCGCCCGGGCGUGGUGUGUUAGCUAGCGGCCCUCGGGCGCCCGGCCCCAGCUAGCUCUAAAUCUGUGCACUACUCCCUCCGGACUCGACUCUUAGCAGCCUGGCUGACCGAGGAGAGCCACACCCUCCGCUGGGUGGCUGCUGCUGCUGCUUCCUGAUAGCAAGAGACUGGAGAAAGAGAGAGAUGCGGGACGGCUGCUCCCGCGGUUGCCCGUGCGUGCCCUCGCUUCUGGCGCUCCAAAGUGACUUCUCUUUCGGUUGCGUUUCCAGAGACACACGUGCGCGGAGGUGCCCGACUUUGGCCCUCUAAGUGCUGAGAAUAGAAGCGGGUUUGUGCAUCCGCAGUCUCCGGAGCUCCUCCCUAAGAAAAAGGAUUUUGAUUUCAAAGAAAGGAAGGAAGGACAACUCCCAGCCUCCCCCACCCCAGUCGGCUUGGCAGGGCCAUGCCCAGGAAGGAGGCGGCGGUGGCCCCACGGCGGAGACAGGAGCAGCGCGGACUUUCCCGGAACCCGUCGGGCGGGAAGUACUAAUUUUGGUUUUUCUUCCCUUUUUCCCCGAGGUUCAUGGUGCUUGCAGCCCCUAGGCAGAGGCAGAACACUGAAGUGUUUCGCUCCACUCCUAAGCUGGUCGUCCGUUUUCUCGCCCUUGCUCUCUUCUCGGCCGCCGCAGCCCCGGUGCCAUCUGCUCGCGGCGGUGGAUGGCAUGAUGGUGCGGAGAAGGCAACGCGGCCUUGCCCAGCUCAGUCGGGACGGCUCCGGGGGCGGCAGCGGUGGUGGUAGCGGGCUCCCCAGCGGCAUGCCAGUUCUCCCCCGGCGCUAUGGCUAGCGGGAGUUCGGGGAAGUCCACUGGCGAGGCGGCUUCUCCUCCAGCUCCUGCUAGCGGUGUUUGUCACUCGAGCGCCGUCGGGGUUGGCUCGCAGCCACGGAAGAGGCUAGUCUCGGUCUGUGACCACUGCAAGGUGAAGAUGCAGCUGGUGGCUGAUCUGCUGCUGCUGUCUAGUGAGGCUAGGCCGGUGCUAUUGGAGGGCUCCACCGCCUCCUCCGGCCCCGGAUCCGGGGAGUCCUUUGAAAAGUGUCGGGACACCAUCAUCGCUCGCACGAAAGGGCUCUCCAUUCUCACUCACGACGUACAAAGUCAACUCAACAUGGGCCGAUUCAGCGAGGCCGGGGACAGUCUGGCAGAGCUUGGUGAGCUAGUUGUCUCGCUGACCGAGUGUUCCGCUCACGCCGCCUACUUGGCCGCGGUGGCCACUCCAGGAGCACAGCCGGCGCAGCCGGGCUUGGUGGACCGGUACCGAGUGACCCGCUGCCGGCACGAAGUGGAGCAAGGGUGUGGGGUGUUGAGAGCCACCCCUUUGGCGGACAUGACGCCCCAGUUGCUGCUGGAGGUGUCCCAGAGCCUGUCGCGCAAUCUCAAGUUCCUAACGGACGCCUGCGCCCUGGCCAGCGAAAAGUCCAGGGACCGCUUCGCCCGAGAGCAAUUCAAACUGGGCGUCAAGUGCAUGAGCACCAGCGCGUCUGCGCUGCUGGCCUGCGUACGGGAGGUGAAGGCGGCGCCCAGCGAGCUGGCCCGCAGCCGAUGCGCACUCUUCAGCGGGCCCCUGGUUCAGGCAGUUAGCGCCCUGGUGGGCUUCGCCACCGAGCCCCAGUUCCUGGGUCGAGCCGCCUCCGUCAGUCCCGAGGGCAAGGCAGUGCAAACCGCUAUCCUCGGUGGGGCCAUGAGCGUCGUGUCGGCCUGCGUGCUCCUGACCCAAUGCCUCAGGGAUAUUGCCCAGCACCCCGACGGGGGCGCCAAGAUGACAGACCACAGGGAAAGGCUGAGGAAUUCAGCCUGCGCUGUUUCUGACGGCUGCAACCUGCUAUCUCAGGCACUAAGGGAGAGGUCUUCGCCCAGGACUUUACCGCCAGUGAAUUCCAAUUCUGUGAAUUAACCCUAUCUCGACUCCACUCCCCAAGGCCUCACCUCCUUCUCCAGUUUAUCCCCCUUCUUGCCCCUGGUUGAGACUACAGGAAAAUACUUCUUCCCUUCCCACCCCAUUUAUACCAAAGAAAUCACUUAGAUGAGGUUCACCUCCCCUACACCUCCUUUUUUCUCCUUUACCUCUACCCCACUUGAAAUUCACAAGAGAAAUACCUUGAAAAACCUCACCAUAAGUAGAAGCAAAGUGAGGGAGAGUCUAACCUUGGAAAGUUUAAUACAGUACCUGGGAGUGGGGAAUUGGGAGAGCUUUAACCGUGCUGGGUGCGGUUUCCUUUCUUUUCGGCCACCCCUAACCCUAUUUCCAUCUCUACAACCAUUCUAGCAGAAAUUCCCAUCCACAUCUUAUUGUCAAAUUGUGCAGGAAGGAGAUUAUAGAUUUUUUUUGUCCUUUUGUUUUGUUUUGUUUUAAAGGUUACCUCAGUUUCACACAUUAGACAUGGAUGUAGCUACCUUUUUUGUAUGUGGUUUUUUUUUUUUAAUGAAUGUUGGGUUAGAAGUACACUUGGUGUGGAAAGAGUGAAGGUUAUGAGUUUUUUGCCACGUGGUUUGCGAAUUGGGGGAAAGCUACUGUGAGUGUGUUUUCAAAAAUUUACACUAUAACAAAAGUGAUUUUUUUCCCCAAUGUCAGUUUUUAUCUUGCAUGUACUGGAGUAUUUAUUUCAUCUAUUAAAAUGUUAUGUUUCUCAGA